AUGUCCGAAGGACUCAACGAGGAGCAAUUGCAGGACCUGCGACGCAUCCUGCUGCUGACCGUCUAUAAAAACACUUUGAAUCAGUUGGUGCUGCAGCAGCGUUCCCAUCGCCUAAAUGCCAGGAAACCGCUUGCGUUGCCCGCCUCCCUCCGGAGACGUCGCAGUUCGUCGAUGGGGGAGCAGGAAAAACCGGAGCGCGUCCUCAUCACGGGCAAAGUCCUUCCCCGCUUGGAAUCCCUGCUUGGUGAACCGGAGAACGAUGCUGAUCUGCUGGACGAGGACGUCCUGAAUGCUUUGAAAUUCGAGCGCGAUAUGGAUGCCCUGCGGGCGAUCUUUGAGGUGGCCAUGAAUGAUCCUGAAUUGGCAGAGAAAAACGUUAUUGAGGGCGAGGAACUUGAAACCUUGGAGCAGGAAACUAAAAAGGAGACAGAGAUGGAUAAGCUUAGGGAAGGAAAAGACAAUACCUUCCAGGACUAUGAAGAUAUGGCAAUCAUGAAUUUGCAAUUUAAUAAAGUGCAAUUUACAUUUGAAGAAGAAAAGGUUGUGGACACAAAGCCGCCUCUUGCCAAAGGGGACAGCAUUAUGUCCGAAGAAGGUAGGAACUUAAAUGUUUUGGAAAAUAAAGACGAGGACAGGAAUGAUGUGGGUCUGGAAAACCUGAAGCAAGCCAUAGCUGCCUUGGGUGGCAACAAAAGCGAGGAGUCCCACGCUGCCCAGCAGCUGCAAGAGUCCAAGGACGAACUGAAAAAACUAAAAGAGGAUCUGGAAAGCGAAAAGAGGGAUACCAAAGCCAAGCUGCAGGACCUGGAGGAACGCAUCUCCGACACCAAGUACAAGCUUCGCUGUGUUUCCCGGGUCAAUGACCUCGAGUACAGUCUAGUGCAACGCUGGGAGGAGGGACGUCUGGCCCAAGGAACGAUUUGGGGCGAGAACGCCGAGCGGGCCUAUUUGAGAGACAUUUUGGACAUCAAACAAAAACUGGCGCGAGAAGAGCGAGUGAGUGCCGAACUCCGCUCCUUUCGUCAACGUGAAAUCCUGGAACUGCAGGCGAGGAUUAAGGAGUGGCAGGAGCGGUAUGUCAGCGAAAUCCGCCGUGUGGAUCGCGAAGCUGAGUCCUGGGAGCUGCGCAUCCUCGAGCAGAAGAAGCUGCUUCUGCGGCAUCGCGAGAUCUACGAGGAGCGAAUGACCUAUGUGCAGGAAUAUCGCGCCCAAAAGGAGGAGGAGCAACGGCUCCUCGCCCUGCAGAUUCACCGCAUCGAGUGUGCCGUCAGACUCCAAGCCUGGUGGCGGGGCACGAUGGUGCGACGCGGUCUGGGACCGUUCAAGAAAAAACCGAAGCGCGGAAAGCGAGGCAAGACCAAGAAGUAG